AUGUUGAGGCACAAGGCCCCGCGUUGUUCAAAUAGGAUUCAUUUUGGUGAAGACCAGUGGGAGCAGAAGAGGGUCGAUGGUUCAAGAAAGUUGCGGUGCUCAGCUAUUCCAUCAUUAUUAUCUUCAGAAGAAAAUUCUUCGCCUACUCCUUACAUCGAUAAUCGUGAUGUGCAGGAGGAUUGUCGCACGCACAGUGCUCCAGCAACCAUCUCCCAUCCUGCGACAUUCGUUCCCCAAUCACGAAGCCCUUUAAAAGAUAUUUCUAAUAUAAAUGUUAGUACUGCUAUUCCUCCAGCAACUUCUGUCACUUCUGUCAAUUUAAGCGAGAAAAUAGCUACACCGAAAAGACAGACCUCACCAAUUAUAGAUGUUACCGAAGAUGAAUCUGUGGAAGUUUUGAAGCAGCGAUUAAAGGUGAAAGAGAAAGAAGUAGCCGCACUUCAGAUAAAACAAAUUUCUAUGCAGAAAUUAACAAAUCGAAUUUUGCGGAGUUACUGCAAUAUGAAGAAGCGACAUAAAACAAUACAAAUAAAGCUGAAAAGACUUCAAGAAGCCCAUCGAAACCGUAGACUUGCCCUCAGAUUGCACGAAGACCAAUUUAAGGCUCUGUGUUCAAAGUCUACAAGAGGAAAAAAGUGGAGCACUUCAAGUAUUAUCGACUAA